AUUACACUAUAAUAGCUGAACUAUGAAAUGGUUCGGGUUCAACCUAUGGAGCAAAUGUGAUCAGUUGUAGCUUGAGAGAGAUGAGUAGGGAGUCUUUUGUCACUCUGGCUACGAAUGAUGAAUAUUGUGUGGGGGCACUGGUUUUGGGAGCCUCAUUAAGGCAGUCACAAACCUCAAAAGAGCUAACGAUCCUUAUAACUUCAGCGCUUUCACCUCAAAUGAGGUCACUUCUUUCCUUAAACUAUGAUAAUAUUAUCGAAGUACAGCCCGUUUGCCCAAUGGCUGGAAUAAAUCUUUACUUGGAGACAGAAACGAGCUUAAUGCAACGUUUACAAAAAUCUGUGCUUGGAGUCUUACUGAAUUUGAAAAACUGGUUUUCAUGGAUGCAGAUACUUUGGUUCUACAUAAUAUUGAUGAAUUAUUUGACAGACCUGAACUGGCUGCAGCUCCUGAUCUUCUAUGGCCAGAUUGUUUAAUCCUGGCGUAUUUGUUCUUAAGCCAUCCAUGAAUACUUAUAAUGGACUAUUACAAAUGUUAUCUAAUGUUGGCAGUUUUGAUGGAAGGGAACAAGGUCUAUUAAAUACAUACUUCUCCAAUUGGCAACAAGGUGGGUUAUCUCACCGACUUCCAUGCAUAUACAACUGUAUAUGUCGUAUAUCAGAGGAUACAGGCUUUGAGUUUUAUACAAGUCGAUCUGCAUGGAUUCAAUUUGGUGGAACUGUUCAUGUUGCACACUUUGCUGGUCGUAUUAAACCAUGGCAUAAAAUAUCAGCAGCUAAAACUUGUAGUCAGGCAGCUUUUCGUACACUUUUAAAUACAGAUGUAAAUAGACGUUCUGUGUCUCGUGUAGCUGGGAUGUUAGCCUAUUGGUGGUCUUUAUUUCUUAUUCUAGUAAGACCACAUUUUUCAUCUGAUAUGUAUUUAGGUCAUGUUUCUUUAGAAAGUUUAAGAAAAUAUGAGAAUAUUCAAGGUUUAUCAAACAGUUAUGGUUCAUACCAACCGGUUGAUACUGAGAAAUUCAGUAGUAAUAACCAUAAUAAUAAUGAUAAUAAUAACACUUCAUAUACCCCAUAUUAUCCAUCAUUUCAUGAACAACAAAGAAAUCAGGAGAUUUGGUGGAAUCAAACUGUAUCACACUGUCCACCAGCAUCAGAGUUUGUACAGUUACCUUAUCAUCCGGAAUUUCAUGAUACAACUUGGAAUUAUUUGCAUAGGAAACAAAGAAUUGAUGAAGAUAAUCGAUUUGUUGAACAUCAUCAAACCUGUAGUGAAGCAUCAGUUGUUCCUCUCCAGCCACAACUCAAUCUUUCAUUAUCCGGGAAAGUUUAUUAUAGGGAAAAGGAUUCAUCGAAAAAUCCCAACCAAGAACACUAUCAUCUUCAUCAUCCUCAUGAGGAGCAACAACAAGGGAACAAUGACACUAGUCAUAAUCACUAUCAUCAACAUAAUCAUCAAGAGGCUAGUCACAAUCAGAACUGUACUGAACACUAUCAACUGGAUCACUGUGAUGAACACCACGAUGUUCACCUUGACAAACCAAAUGAUACACACCAUGAAAAUGAAGAUUUCCGACUCAAUGAUAAAGAUACAGUAGUGUACAAUGAUUGUCAAUGCGAAAAAGAAACACAAAAUUUUGAGUUAAAAUCCAGUGAUAAGGAGACACUUUCGCCUACACCUUCUUCAUCUGUUGUUACUCCAAUGAAUCUAUCAACGUUUGAGCCAAUGAAAACGCCUAAAUUGAAAUCAUUUUACUCUUUAACUUGUUCUAAAUGUUAUCAAGAAAUGAUUAUGGAACAAGAAAUAUCAAUUCAUCAUUCUAUGACAAGAAAAUUGAAUUUAGAUAAAGAGUUACAAGUUAAACCAAUAUCCAGAAAAUACAAACGUUAUACUUAUGAAAUUCCAUUGAAAUCAAAGUCUAAAAUUUUAAGAACUUAUAAGAAAUCAACUAGAAAAUCUUCAUUGAAUAAUAAUCAAAAAAGAAUGAGUAAAGAAGUUAACUACAAUACAACUUCAUAUGAAACUACAUUACCGAUUAAAGUAUACAAUAGUAGAGAGAAAAAAUUGUUCAAAUCUAAUAUCUUAACAACAAUCUACAAUAGUGAAAAUGCUUUAAAUCACUAUUUUAAUAUAACAUCUUCAAAUCAUUAUGAAUAUACACAGGGAAUAAGUCAUAGGAAUAUAAUCUUAAGUAGUCAAUUUCGUGGUCUAGAUUUAGCCUUGUUCAAUAUUCAAGGAUAUAAUCAAACUAUUAAUUGGGAUCAAAAAAAUAUAUUCUAUUUGAAUAGAAUGAAAUUUCAAUCUGAAAAUCAAUCUUAUUGUACAUCAUUAAAAGCUUUACCUAUUUCUAAACGAAGUUAUAGUGUAGAGGAUAUUAAUGAAUGGAAAUUUUCACUUAGAAAUUCUCAAAUAAAUAAUAAUAAUAAUUUAUCUGAAUUGAAAAUAAAACGAUUAUCUUUACCAUCUAAUUAUUUAAACAAAAAUAUAUGUUCAAUGGUUUCAUCAUUAAAAUUAGAUUAUUUGAAUAGUUAUCAGUUAAAGUGUAGACAAAAAGUUAAAAAGCGAUCAUCUUAUAAAAGUAGCAGGACUUCUAGAAAUAUAUCAAUUGAUCAGUGUGAAUUAUUAAAUCCUGAUAAUAAAAUUAAUCUAUUCAAUGAGAGUAUAUCUCAUUCUAGACUUCCUUAUAAAAGGAAUAUGCCUGGGAUACCUGGACAACUAGCAAAUAUUAACUAUGGAAAGAAUCUAUGUGCAAGACAUAGUGAGAUUGAAGCAGCAAGCAUUGAAAGAAUGUAUGCCUGGGAAAGAGGAGAAAUUGAUUACACUGGUACAGAUCGUUUCAUGAAUAUAUUAAACAAAUUAUGCACUACUCUACGCUUUGUUGGAGGUGAAAAAAAUCUUCCAAUUGGUAUUGAUAUCAUUAAGUGAAAUGUAUAUAAGUAUUUUGUUAAAAUUACAUUUGAUUAUUCAGUAUUCAACUUAUGCAAAUAUCAGGAAUGGCUUACAGUUGAUAGCUUACAGGGAAGUGAAGAGAAUACUUGUCAUCUGUAUGUCUCUUUGUAUUUCUCUCUUCUGAUUAAAAUAAACAUGAAGAAGAUGAGAUAAACACAACAUCUUAAUGCCUUCAAUUAUUUUCUCUGUUUAUCGAUAUACUAUUAAAGUAUGUCAUGUCUGAAUGUGCCAAAAAUAUUACUUGUUAAGAAGAAAGUAAUUAUAUAUAUAUAUAUAUAUAUAUAUAUAUAUAUAUAAUUUCUACUCGUAAGUGUACUAUCAUGGUGUGCAUUCAUACCUAGCUGUCGGUGAAACUGAUACUAGUAUCAGUUUAUUUCUUAUCUUCAUCUUUUUUUAAGAAAAUAUUUAUCCAAUCCAACAUAACUACUUAUUUCCUUUCGUUUUUUACACCUUAUUACUAAACUUACUAUUUCUUACUCUUAGUAGUAAUAGUAGUAGUAGUAAUAAUUGAUGAAUUGUGAUUAACUUGUAUUAGUUAUCGUUAUAUAAAUGAUUAUCUGUUUGUAAAUUUUUUCAUCCCAUUUUUAUUAUAUUCAUUUGUAUUUUAUAGUAGUAUUGUUAUUAUUGUGAUUACAAUAUGCGUUGAGUCCUUUAUUGGACGUAUCCUUAUUACUUGUUCUGUUAACUUUGUUUUCAAUUAUGUCUUUCUUAUCCAGUGAAAAACUUAGAUCCUCAUAGAAAAGAUGUUUCCACUUUUCUUUUUUCGAUAUACAAUAUGACAACCAAAAUAAAUUCAAUAUGCAGUCUUAGGAAAGAAAUAUACAUAUAUACU